GUUAGCCUCGACCAGCUGAACACAUUAGUUUUACCCGACAACCCACACCUGUCUCCCUCACAGUCCGCCACAUCAUCAGACUCCGUACUCCCCCCCUCUCUCUCUACCUCAACUUUAUCUUCCCUACCACCAGCACUUUCUCACUCCUCUUUCUCUCUCUCUAGAAUUUCCUUAGGGUUUAAUUUCGAACCGACUUCUCUGACUCGACCUCCAAAUUGAUUAUCGCACCUCUCUCGCAAUGGGCUCGCUACCCGAUCCGGGCGAGUUGACUCACCCCCCGCCGCCGAGUUUCGACGAUUUCCAGAGGCAGACGUCGCUGAUGACGAGCUGCACUCUCCUCUGGAAGGAGCUCUCCGACCACUUCACCACUCUGGAGCAGGACCUUAUCAAGAAAUCAGACGCACUCAAGGCGAAGGUGGAAGCCUUAAACCAGGAGACGCAGCAGUCGCUCAAGGCCCUCGACUCGCGCGAGUCGUCCAUCUCGAGAUCGAUCUCGAUCGCGUACGAGACGCUCGAGCAGGCGACGAAGAUGUCGAUCUCAUUCUCCGGCGACGACACGGCGGAGGAGGAGGCGGAGGUCGACGAUUCGGAGGGUUUGCUGAUGAAAUUGAGGGGAUUCUGCCGCAGGAUGGCGGCGAAGGAGUUCUGGAUCUUCGUGACCUCGCGGAAGAAGGAGCUCGAGCUGUUCCGAUCGGAGUUACCGAAAGCCCUCUCCAGCUGCGUCGAUCCGCCGCGCUUCGUGCUGGAGGCGAUCUCCGAGGUCUUCCCGGUGGCGAGCAGCGCCAGCCAUAGCUACGAUUUGGGGUGGGCGUGCGUGCUGCUGCUGGAGUCGCUGAUUCCGGGGAUGGUGGAUCCGGUUCUGGGGAAGGAGAGGAUGCUAGUGACGCCUAGCAUCAAGGGAAAAGCGGAGGAGAUAGCGGAGGCCUGGAAGAAGAGCCUCGAGGAGAGGGGCGGAAUCGAGAAUGUCAAGACGCCCGAUGUGCACACCUUCUUGCAGCAUUUGGUGACCUUCGGGAUCGUUAAGGGGGCGGAUGUGGAUUUGUACAGGAAGCUCGUUGUCGCCUCCGCAUGGAGGAAGCAGAUGCCCAAACUCGCCGUUUCUCUCGGCCUUGGUGAUAAGAUGCCCGAUAUGAUUGAAGAAUUGAUUGGGAGGGGACAACAAGUUGACGCCGUGCACUUUACAUAUGAAGUCGGUCUAGCCGACAAAUUCCCCCCUGUCCCGCUGUUGAAGGCUUUUCUGAAAGAUGCGAAAAAGACGGCCACAUCCAUCUUGGAGGACCCCAACAAUUCAGGCCGUGCAUCGCAUAUGGCUGCUAAGAAAGAGCAAUCGGCCAUUCGUGCCGUUCUCAAGUGCAUCGAAGAAUACAAACUCGAGGCCGAGUUCCCACCGCAAGAACUCAAGAAGCGGCUCGAGCAAUUAGAGAAGGUCAAGAUUGAGAAGAAAAAGCCUGCUAGCCCAGCAGCCAAGAGAACACGAGCCAGCACUGGAGGACCCAUGCCUCCGGCCAAGGCUGGUCGUUCAACCAACGCCUAUGUUUCAUCGUUCCCGUCUCCCCCAACGUACGUGAGGUCUCCUCCGUCACAUACCCAAUAUUCUCCGGCUGCAGUUCCGGCAUACCCAGCAGUGCCCGGCAUCUACGGGCACGGGAACAGAAGCCCCUCGUACGUAUACUCCCCGGAGGCCCCCCCUCCGGCCAUCGUCGGGUCGUACCCCGUCUCACCGGUGAGCUUCCCGGCCUACGGUGGAUACAGCAACGGGAUGGCACCUGCUUACCAGCAAGCUUACUACUGAUCGACAUGACUGGGCUCUUUGGGGAAGGUGACUACUGAUAUGAUGAUGACAACAACAAUCAAUCCAAAUCCAAAUGUUUAUUUUGCAAAUGGUCUGUAAUCACUAACCUUUAAUGGUAGCUUUUAUCGGUGUGUUAAUCCUUUAAUUACUGACCUUGACGAAGGGCAGGCUGUAUUAAUUUUUCUGAUUGUUGAAAAAACUUGUAGUUUUAGGUGCUUGUGAAAAGUAAUUAAGAAACCAAGGGUAACGAGGGGUCGGAACUAAUACUAGGAAUCAUGUUUCUCCUUA